AUGGCAGAGCCGGUGUUGGCUGGACGGGCGGCUUUAACUUUAGCAUCUCUAUAUUUACUACUAAAAAUCGUGUCUGCGAAGGAAUGUGAAUGGGCGCAGCGGCUCCGCGAGUACGAGGUGGAGGUUUUUUCUCGUACAAAUCCUAGUGGCAGUGAGAGUGAAGUGCAGUCUGGCUGCAUUUCAUGGAAAACUGGCUACUGGACAUACGAGGUGUGUCCAGGCCGUUGGAUCCGACAGUUUCAUAAGGAUGGAAAUGUCAUUGUGGAUGAGAAUUUUCUUGGCGUCCAGCACCGAUGGCACCUCGCUGAUGAAAUUGGCUCCAAGCGGUUACGAUACAGAGAUGGUAUUCACACCAUUCCGGAGCGCCUAAACGCUUCCGGUGCCCCUAUAAAUAAUACGGAGGCAACAUACACAUGUUCUAAGGAUGUUUCGGUGUCUAAUGUGCAAGUCGAUGUGCUGUACUCCCAUGGAACUAUGUGUGGACGGGGCUAUCGGCGUUCUUCUCAGCUCCAUCUCGUAUGUAACGAGGAUGUGAAGAAAGCCGAUGUUAAACUGAAGGAACUUGAGUUAUGUAAGUACGACAUAACUGUGGUAGCGUCUACCGUCUGUGAUGCGAUUUAUGGCCGUAGUCGUGCGUAUAGGGAGCUGUCCGAUGCUGAUAUGAUAUUUGCACUGUAA